AUGGCAGACUUUGUGUUGGCCCAACAUACAAAAGAUAAGAUCCGUGAACUCAAGGGUAAGGAUGUGAAGCUCGUAGGCCGAUUGUUUUUGAAGUUCCAACGUGACAUAUGCAGUGAGUAUCUGAUGAUACCCCAGGCACUGCUGCUCAGCCUCAUUCUCCACUCCAAGGAGAAGGAAAAGCUGGCCAAUGACGGAGAUUCCAUCCCCGUAAAGCUUAUAGAGCCUGAGGGCGUUACUAGCUUGAUCAAGCUGGUCAAGAAGGGAAACGGGAUGUAUGUUUUUGGUUCUCAGGACGAAUGGAAAAAUGUUGUUUCCCGCAACCGCUUUAGGGUUGAAGUUCCGGUUGACCUUUGGUCCUUUGUGGAUGGUGAGUCCACACGAUUUUUUGUUAUGCAGUACGUGCAUGGCCUCAAUAACCAGGCUACUGCUAAUACUGUUACCGUCAUAGACUAA